AAUCAUCCUUUAGACGGAUCAUUGAAUAAUGAUGAUGAUGAUGAUGAUGAUCAAGAAGAUUCUUCUUCUAGUGGCAACGAUAACAACAACAACAAUGAUGAAAAUAGUCAACCAGAUGAUGAUGAAAUUUCCGCCGAAUUAACUUCUGAUUCAUCUCCAGAUUUAGAAAAACGUUCAACCAUUUCGACAACAACUGUUGCAACUACACAGAAAUUAAAACGUGAAACAGUUAAAGAAUCUACAGAAUCGACAGCAGCAACAACAACAACAACACCAGAUCCAUUUGAUGAUUUUGAAUCCGGUGAAUUAAUUAGUGAUGAAGAUUUAAAAAAAUUAUCCAAAAUAAUUAAAGUUGAUAAUGAAAAUGUUGAAAAAUUGAAAAAAAUUUCAUCAAAAUUAAAUAAAUUAGCUGAAAAAGUGGAUGAAAAUCAUGGCCAUAUAAGACCAGAAUUAUUGAUUGAUGAAUUUUUACCCGAUCCGGUUCGUGUACGUGAUAUACCAGUUUCGAAAGAUGAAGAUUGGCUUACAUCUUAUAAUGGAAAAUUUUCCAAUGUUAUGAUGUAUGGUAUACGUAAUGUUGAAAUUGAAUCAAUUCGUGCUAAUGUUGGAAAAUUGAAUGCCAAUAUCCAUUUAACCAUAUCAGAAGUAUUUCUAACCGGAAACUAUACACUUGACGGUUCGGUAUCAUUUGUGUCAAUCGAAGGAGCCGGAGCAUUUCGUUUCAAUAUAUCAGAUAUGGAAAUCGAUGCAUUCGGUAAUCUUGAACGUAUGUCAAAUGGACAGCUACAUAUCGAUACAAUCGAUUUAAAUAUGAAAGCUGAUGAAGUAAAUUUAGAUCUGGAAAAUUUUGAAGUAUUCGGUUCCGAAGUAAUCGCCCAAACAAUAAUCAGUGCAUUAAGUGAUAUAAUAUUUGAUCAAGUAAAAUAUACAGUUACGGAUAAAAUAUCAGUAAAAAUUCGUACAUUAAUUAAUCAACGUUUAGAACGAAUAAAAUUAGAUCAAUUAAUACAACAUGAAUCAGAAAUAUUAUUCGAUGAUAUUGUACGGAUGGUUAGUAAACGUAUUAAACAUCGUAUUGAUCCAAUACCAUUACCAUCAUUUCAAAGACAAAUUGAAACAAAAAUUUUACAAUUUAUACCGAUAAAUAUUUCCAUCGAUAUUGAACAUGGAAAACUUUAUGGUUUAUCAACAUUUACACGUAUGGGUGAUAUAUAUGUUAUUUAUGAAGAUGAAUCAGCCAUUAUUGAAGCACAAGUUGGUUUUCAAAAUUUAACCGGCAAAUAUGAUUGGAAUAUUAAUGUAUUGGGACGUAAUGGACCAACCGGUUCAUCAUCAUUAGCCAUACGUAAUGUAACCGCUUAUUUACGUAUGCGACAACCAUUGAAACGUGGUUCAACACCACGUUUAGAAGAAUUUAUGGUUCAAAAUAUUACCUAUGUUUGGAUCGAAAUGAAAGGAUUAGGUGUUUGGGAUAGUCUUUUGGAAUUAAUUAUUAAUUCAAUAUCGAAUGUAUUUCGAUUACAAAUUGCCAAUGUAAUUACAUCGACCGUAUCAAAAGUUUUACAACAAUCAUUAGAUCGUUCACAAUUUAGUUUCAUCCCUUGAUGAUGAUUUAUUGAUAAUCUUUUCAACAACAACAACACAUUCAUCACUAUCAUCAUCAUCAUUGAUUGUGAAAUACGAUCUCAUUUAAAUUUGCAGUAAAUAU